CUCAGGCCUGGAGCUGCCCACCAUGCUCCUGGAGAUGGAGCGGAGCCGGUGGGCCCAGGAGCAGCUCCUGUGGGACUUGGAGCUGCUGACCGGGGCAGGGCUUGGCCUCUUCUGGCCUCCUUGGGCCCAGUUCUGUGGUCCGAGGGACCAGGCCUCGUAUGCAUGGAGUCAGUGCAGUAAGCCCUGUGGUAGGACAGGGCACCCCCCAACCCUCCCAGAGUUCCAGGCUGUGCCCAUCGCCCCAGGCUGGAGACUCCCUGAGCCAGAACCAUGAGCUCCUGAAGGGGGGGCAGGCGGUGGACCCCUCAUCAGCCCUGGAUCUGGGUGAAGCUGGGAGUGACAGAGAUCCAGGGUGGGAGAGCCCUGGCAUGCCUGCAGACCCCACACCUGGUUGCUUACAAGAGCUGAACCCCACCAUCACCAGCAGCUCUGAGGAACCAGGAAGCUCAGAGUUCAAGGACCUGGCCCGAAGGGAAGAGAGGGGCCAAGCUGAGCCUACCACCCAGAGGCCCUGUCAACCGCCAUCCAGGAGCCAAAGGGGGAGAAAGCUCACUCAGGGAGCCCCAGGGCCCUCAGGCCUGCCCUCUCAGAGCCUGCCCGAACCCCAAGAUCCUCCUGAGGGGCUAGGCUGGAGUCUGGGCCAGGAGAGAGCAGAACUUCAGAAACUGCUGAGGAUUGAGAUUCCUCAGAGUGAGAGAGAGGAGGACCCUCAGGAACAGAAAGAAGAGACCCCCCAGAGUCAGAAAGGGGAAGCGCCCCCGGGGGAGAACAAAGAAGUUCCUCGGAGUCAGAGAGAGAAGACACACCAGGGUCAGAGUGGGGAGCUGUCUCAGGUUCUGAGGGAGGAGGUCUCAGAGGGUCAGAGGUGGGAGGCCCCCCAGGGUGAGAACAAAGAGGCUUCUCAAGGUCAAAGAGGAAAUCACCCUAAGUGCCAGAGAAACGGGGCCCUUGUGGAGCCGACUAAGGAGACUCCUCAGGGCCGGGAAGCAAAGAUCCUUAAGUCUGCCGAGGACGGAGGCCUUAUCUCACAAGGCUGGGAGGGGGCUCAGAGAAAGGCAUCCACACAACCCCGGGAGGAAGGCGACUCCCUGGGAGUUCCGGGGGACUUCUGCAGGUCCCUGGGGGAACAGAUGCCAAAGCCUGGGGAAAGGGAGAGGCCAGGCUCCCGGGGAAGGAGCGCCCAGCUGAUGCAGCGUAAGACCAACGGCCAGAGACCAGAGUCGGCACCGGCCGCGGGAGAGCAGAGGGCCGCCAGGGACGGGGCGCGGGCUCCCCUUCCAUCCCUGAGGCCCCCGGCCCGGCCGCUGCCCCCAGGCCCAGGAGCCGUGAUGCUAGCGGCCCCCGGCCCCGGGGGCCCUGAUCAGCCGGAGCGCGAUCCGCACGGGUUGCAGCACCCGGGAGGAGGCCGCGGCCCGGCGGCGCAGGAGCUGGGCGAGGCGAGGGGGCUGCCGGCGGGUGGCUGCGCGGGGCUGUCGGGCGCCCCUGGGGAGCGGAGGAGCGGCGAAGAGGCCCCCAAGGCCUCGAAGGCUGCGUGGCCCGCGCCCCCGGGCAGGGAGCAGGCGGCGGCGAGCGUGAGCGCCGCGCAGCAGGAGACUGCUCUGCAGCGCCUGCUGGAGCUGCACCGCGAGGCCCGGCGCCGGCGACGGCAGGACCGCGAGCAGCAGCAGCUCCGGGUCCUGGAGCGCCUCCGCAUCGCCAGGAACCGCCACUGCCGGGUUCACCCGCUGGGGCCUCCACCCAGCCCGGCUCCGCUCCUGCCGCAGGCAAGACCUCCCGGGGGAAGGCGCUGGGGCCACAACCAGCUUGCCCCGGCGGGGGCGGGGCCGAGCUGGGAGCGACCCGGGUCCCUUUGA